AUGAAGGUUGAAGUUGAAGUAAUCUCCAAAGAGAUUAUCAAACCAUCUUCUCCAACCCCUGACCAUCUUCGCCACUACCAAUUCUCCUUUCUUGAUCAAAUAGCUCCCCAAGUCUACAACCCUUUGCUCCUCUUUUAUGAACACAAUGCCAAGACACAACCCAACAGCACCGAAAUAUCCAACCACCUCAAGACCUCAUUAUGCGAGGUCUUAAACCUUUUCUACCCUCUAGCUGGACGCAUCAAGAACAACCAGUUCAUACAUUGCAAUGACGAGGGCAUCCCUUUCCUCAAAGCUCGAGUACUGGAUUGCACACUUUCUGAUGUUCUCAACAACCCUAUCCCUGGUGAGCUCAACAAGUUCAUGCCCUUUGAACUUGAUGAUAUUACCAAUUCAUUUCCCCUGGGGGUCCAACUCAACAUAUUUCAAUGUGGAGGCUUUGCAAUUGGUCAAUGCAUUUCUCACAAGAUUGCUGAUGGGUUGUCGUAUUUCAUGUUUAGCAAAAUUUGGGCAGCCAUUGCUCGUGGAGACCAAGCCAACAUAAACCCUCCGGAGUUUGUCUCAUCCACACUCUUCCCACCAAAGGAGUUUAAUAUUGGAUUUGAUGGUAGCGUUGGCAUCACAAAGGAUAGAGUAACAAAGCGGUUUGUGUUUGCUGCCUCUCAAAUAGAGAACCUCCGAGAAAGAUAUGAACAAAGUAUGCACAAUAUGAAGAAACGCCCAACACGUGUGGAAACCUUAUCCACUUUCUUAUGGAGUCGGUUUGUUGCGGCUACAAAGGAUAGUACCUUGAAUAAGUUGUACAGGGUGAUACAUGCUGUGAACUUGCGUCCGAGGUUUGAUCCACCGUUGCCUCAAAGUUUUUUUGGGAAUCUUUUUCAUUUGGUCAUGACGGCUCCACUGCAAAUUCCAAGUUGUGGUGGUAGCGAUGAAGAAUGUGGUCACGGUGUGGUGAUCCGGUGGUACGAGAAGCAAUAG